AUGUCUGCCUCUACCGUUGGUGAAGCAGUGAUGAUUGCUGUCGCUAUGGCGGCUACAAGGUACCUUCCUUCGACGGCUCGAACACCACGUCCAGGAAAUAUCAACCAGCCCGCCGUUGGCUCCGAAGAGCGAGAUAUCAAUGAUACCGUGUCCCCGAUCCCCGCUCGUGCCGCUGAGAAAGAGCCAGCUGUACCAUUAUCUACUAUCGAUGGCACGCCGUCGCACCCCGAGCCCACUGAGAUGGGUAUAUCAGGCUGUUCGCCCAAUGACCCCACAAUUGAACCAGCCCCGGUUCUCAUAACAGGCCCUUCCAAUGGCCAGUUACGGGUGAGCAAACAAGCCGAAAGUCCUACGGACAAUAACACGAAGCAUGCCAUCCACCCGCCUCUCCACCCUAUGCGAGACAUUAAUCGGACAUCCCUUCCAUCACCAGAACAUCAAAAUCUUCCGCCCCCUCAGACAGGUCGGUCUUCCCUAGAGCCUGAGCCUGUGUCUGCUUCGCCCCAGGCAAUUGCAAUGUCCCCCCCGAGCUCGAAUGCCGAAAUACUUGAGGUUCCUCUGCCGCUUAUUCAACAGGAUGGUUGUCAUUCGGAGCCCUCGUCGCCUUCCCCACAGGCUAUUCCAGCAUUAGAUUCCGAGGCAGCUGAAAUCAACCCGGACAUUCCAAGGGGAGGAGGGACUGAAUCUAUAACAGAUCCUGAGUGCGACAUUCUCGUACCAGCUUUAUCGCGACUUUCUCUCCACCCUGUCCCCUGUCUCUGUGUAAAUCACGCAGACCCGUAUUGUGCUAUAGGUCGAAGUGCCCGAGUCACCUCCCGGUCUCGUUCGCAUACUCAGGCCAUCGAAACGGAGCUAGGGAUCCUGGGUAAGAAGGUACGAGUGGGGAAGGCCCUUCUGGCGAACCUAAAGUCCAUCUUCAAUACUCAUCGGAGGAAAGACCAACGCCAGAAGCAAGCUUUGAGACACGCUUUGUCUGUGCUCAAAAUACGUAGGGCGCGUCUAGUAGCACAGAAUCAUGAACUCAAGGUCGAGGUUAGAAAUAACCUGGAAUUGAUAAAUCGAGAGCUCAAGAUAGGAAUAGAAGACGCCGAACAGCAGAAGACUAUAAUUGAGGCCCGUCUUAGCUCCCUCCAGACUGCGCACGAAGAGCUCAUAAGGGUCAAAGACGACGCCGAGCAGGAGAUCACCGGCCUACAACAACAGAUAGAGUCGUCCAACCGGGAGCUUGUUCGAACCAGAGAGGACGCCGAGCAAGAGAUCACCAGCCUACAACAACAGAUAGAGUCGUCCAACCGGGAGCUUGUUCGAACCAGAGAGGACGCUGGGCAAGAGAUCACCGUCCUACGACGUCAGAUAGAGUCUCUGAAGCAUUCUGUAUCGAUUGAGUCUGCAGCCUUACAGACGUGCAAGCGGGAACUUGUUCGAACCAGAGACGACGCCGAGCAAGAGUUACAGGAAAUCAUUAGUACACACGACAGGAAGGAAGCCUUAGCCUUGGAGCAUAUUGUAGCAAUGCAAACGGAAUUCGGAAUCCUGGCCAAGGAGCUCGAAGCUCGUCAUCAACUGCCACUAGUGGAGGUGAUAGAAAGACUUCAAUCCCAGAUUUUGGAGCUUUCUUCGGCUGUGCGAUGGGCAGAUUUGAUACAGGGUCGCCGUAAGUUGCCCCUUGUCGAAACCAGAGCUAUGCAAACAGAGCCUUUGCCGAGAUUGGACAAGAGUGUCCAGCUUCAUUGCACGCGCACUGGUCAAACCCAAACGGAGUCUUUGCCGAGAUUGGACAAGAGUGUCCAGCUUCAUUGCACGCGCACUGGUCAAACCCAAACGGAGUCUUUGCCGAGAUUGGACAAGAGUGUCCAGCUUCAUUGCACGCGCACUGGUCAAACCCAAACGGAGUCUUUGCCGAGAUCGGACAAGAGUGUCCAGCUUCAUUGCAUGCGCACUAUUCAAACCCAAACGGAGUCUCCACCAACACUAACACAGGAGGAAACGCAGACAGAGCUCCUUCAAGGAUCCACGCACCUAGAGACUCAGCCCAGUCACAGGGCCUCGCCCUCGGUGGCUCCGAUGGCUUCCACUCGCGUGGUGUCUAUCUCUACCUCAACCACUCCGAUGACUCCCACUCGCAGGGUGUCUACCUUGACCUCGACCACUCCGAUGACUCCCACUCGCAGGGUGUCUACCUUGACCUCGACCACUCCGUUCACUUUCAGGAUGACGGACUCUCCAGGCCGUGCUAUAACCCACGCUGGACAAUGGAGUUCCACCGCUCGCAGGAUCUCUAUCGACUCGGCCGUGCAAACCUUCGAAGCGCGUAUCAGAAAGCGGGGACGAUCUGCCUCAUAUAGCCCCCGAGAUAAUACUCGUGGUAAGAUAGGCCUCACUCAGAACCGUCUUGGUCAUGUGCCAGGCCGUGACAAUGUGUGA